AUGACUUGUAAUCGAUUAACAUUAUUUCUUUUCUUUCUACUUAAUUUAACUAUUUGUGCAUCUCAAUUACAACAUCCAUUUAAACAAUGUUCAUCAAGAAGAACUGGUGAAGUUCUAAAAGCUUCAGUAAAUGCUCCAUGUGGUAAAGAAUAUUGUACAUUUUAUAAGGGUACUGAUGCUCGUCUUGAAUUUACAUUUAAAUUACGUAAGAAAGCUCAUAAAGUACGCGCUAAAGUUACAGCAACAAUAGGUACAAUCGAUCAUGAUUUUGUUCUACCAAAUCAUGAUGUUUGUCAAUUACUUGGUGGUUGUCCACUUAAAAUCGAUCAUCCUUAUUCAUAUCAUAAUAGUAUGUUUGUUAGUCCAACAUAUCCAUCUGUUAAAAUCAAUCAAAUGCGAUAUUAUUUAAUCGAUGGUAAAGGACGCGAAGUUGCUUGCGUUUCAUUACCCGUGAUGAUUACUGAAAAAGACUCAAAACCAUAA